UAUACAGUGUGGCUGCUACUCCAAAUGAUUAUAUAUUUGUUAAGAAAAAUGUAGGGAUACCAGCAGUAAGAUUUUACAUUCUUAUUAAUGUUUCCUAAAUCAUUGGUAUAUGUAGCUACCGCUGACAGUACGAUCUUUAACAUCACAUUGUACAGUUGCAGAAUUGCAAUAUACUUGUAAAAUGUUCAUACACUGUAGAAACAUUGAUUUUAACCAUUAUUAAUCUUCAACCGUAAGAAUAAUAAAUAAAAGAUGGAAUCCAAACCUAAAAGCGAUCAUUUAUUGGGAUUAAAAGUAAUGAGGCUAAUAAGGCCAACAUUCGCAAGUCCUACAAUUGUAACAUGUGAUUCUAAUGAUUUACCUAACAAUACAUUGAAUAACGAAUUAAAAAAUAAUUGUGCUGCUCUUCAAGGAAUGGAAACUGUAGCUAUUGGCCAAUUUAUGAUUUUACCACAAGGUUUUGGUAAUAUUUAUUUAGGAGAAAUUUUUUCAAGUUAUUUAUGUGUACAUAAUGGAAGUAAUCAAACAGUAAAAGAUGUGAUUGUUAAAGCUGAUUUACAAACAAAUACUCAAACUAUUCCAUUAUCUGGUCAAAAUUCUCAAAUCAAUGAAUUGGCACCAAAUAAUACUGUAGAUGAAGUUAUAUAUCACGAGGUUAAAGAAACUGGAACUCACAUAUUAGUUUGUGAAGUUACAUAUACACCAGUUACCUUAGGUGGACAACCUUUAUCAUUUAGAAAAUUUUUUAAAUUUCAAGUUGAUAAACCAUUAGAUGUUAAAACAAAAUUUUAUAAUGCAGAGAAUGAUGAACUAUAUCUUGAGGCACAAAUUCAAAACUUAACAGAUAGCCCUAUUUGUUUAGAGAAAGUAGCUCUAGAAUCUUCACAUUUAUUUACUGUUUCAACACUCAGUUCAAACGAAUUUAAUGAGUCAAUAUAUGGAAGAGUGAAUUUAUUAGAUCCUGGUAAUAGUCGUCAAUAUCUUUAUUAUUUAAAACCACAAUUAAGUUUAACCAAUGAUCCUAAAAUUAUGCAAAAUGUAACAAAUAUUGGAAAAUUAGAUAUUGUUUGGAGAAGUAAUUUGGGAGAAAGAGGACGUCUUCAAACUAGCCAAUUACAAAGAUUGACACCAGAUUAUGGGGAUCUUAGAGUUAUUACAAAAGAAAUUCCUAGUAAAAUUUAUCUUGAAGAACCAGUCAAUUUUAAAAUUCAUAUAAUGAAUACAUCGUGAGGAAUACUAUUAAGUUUACAAUCAAAUACAGCACUAGCAUGGAAUGGGAUAUCAGAUAAAAUUAUUGGUAGCCUUAAACCAGGAGAAUUUUAUCUCAUUUCCCUUUGUUUAGUCCCAUUGGAAUCUGGUCUUGUUGCUAUUUCAGGAUUGAAAUUAACAGAUACAUUUCUAAAAAAAGUUUAUGAAUAUGAUGAUCUAGCAUUAAUUUUCGUUAAUCAUAAAAAUUAA